AAUAUUUUUUAUAUUUUUUAAAAAAUAUAUCUUAAAAAGUAUUUACAUAUUUGAAUAUUAUUAAAAUUUAUUAGAAUUAUUUAUUUUUAAUAAAUAUUUUAUAAUAAAUAUUUUAUGAAACUGAGAAAUCAAUAUCCUAUAUAGAAAAAUUAAGAAAUGUAUUUAUCAAAAUUUAUUUUCGAAUUUGAAAUUUUUUAUAAUUUAUAUAAUGCUUAUUUUUUUAGAAUUUCGUAAAUUCAUUUUAAAAAUUCAUUUAUGCUUAAAUAAACCAAUUUCGCAUUUUUUCAUGAUGUUUUUAAUUGAAAGUUGAAUUAAAUUUCAUAGACUACAGCCAUUCUUGUUUUUCGUACAUUGGCGAUUGACAGCGUCAUUCUUAACGUAUUUCAAGGGAUGAAGCGAGUAUCUUAAUUUCGUAUUUCUUAUCAAUAAUGUUUUAAUUAUUAUUAAAAUGUUUUAAUUAAUAUUUGAAAUAUUUAUAUUAGAAAUCGUAAGUGAUUCGUUGAAUAAGAAUAACUAAAAAAUAUGCGACCGGAUUCACGUAGCGUUUCAUUUACAUUUCAUCGAGAAAUUCUGAAUAUUAACAAUUCACCGGAAAUUACAAAAAAGAUAAGACGACGUCUUCAAGAUCGUUUCGAGAAAGAAAAGUCUGGAGAUUCCUGUAAAGGAAAAAUGUCAAAGGAAAAACAAACAAGUGAUCGUAGUUGGAACAAUUUAACUUUGGGAAAUAUGUCAGCAGAUUCUAGACGUGCUCUGCGAAGUGGAGCUGAGAAGUUAUCCAAAACCAUAUCUUCCGUACGCAUAACUUUUGGAACUAUUUCACAGAAAUUCAAAAGUUCUACACGAAGACGUCAAAGAUUGGAAGAGCAACAAUCUCCUAACAGUAUUUGUAAAAUGCAGACUCCUCAAACCCGUUCUCGUCAACUUCUUGGUCGAACACCAACAAAACUUUAUAGUCCUUUUGGCAUAGAAUCUCCAAGACAUGCAUGGAAUAAAGAGAAUAAUGAAACACCAGUGCAUAGCCCUGCAGAAACACGAUAUCUCCAGUGUAGACCCUUUCGUUUUUCAAGAGCCAAAGGAUUUUCUGUAUUAAGAUAAAACUUUUUCAUUUUUUUUUC